AUGGAGGAGACUACACCUCCUCGAGAUGCCGCAGAGCAGACCACUCUAGCACCUCCAACGCCGACGGCUUCUACAUCUCACAAGUUGAGCGUGUACUCGCGGCUGUACGACCCCAAAUCGUACACAGGUGUAUACAAAAAACGCUUUGAAGACGAAUGCAAUGACCUCUCGGAGCUUGUCGUGCACGACCUAUCGAAUACCACACGUACGAAUCUCAAUCACGACGUAAGUCGUACAAAGCAGCGAAUGACGUCGAUUCCGAACAUUGUCAACAGUAGCUCCCUAAGGAAUUGUGCUGCUCCCUCUACGAUAAUUGCUCCGGUCAUUAAUCCAACGUCCACAUCUCCUGUGAAGGAGAAGAUUUAUGGAGACCCGAACGACCCUCAUACACUUUUGAAAACAGUGUUUCAUUAUUACUGUCGCUUCGGAAGGACUGGUCCAAAAGGACUUGGCGAAAAGACUCUUGAUAACUCGAAUUUUGUCAAGCUGUGCCGUGACUGUCCUGAUCUGCUUGACGAUUUAUUUGGUCAAACAGACGUGGAUCUUAUUUUUGUAAAAGUUAAGAAGAAGGGUGAGCGCCGAAUCAAUUACACGCGAUUUCUGGACGCUCUUGGCAUGAUCGCCGUUCAAAAAUAUGGAGAUAUGCCACUUGAGGCGUCAGUGCCAAAGCUAUUGGAGGCACAUCUCGCACACUUACAUUGUCUACUUGAAUUUACUGACGGCAAGACGGUCCAGGCCGUGUGGCAGAAUCGAACACAUCACAAUGAAAAAAAUAUAGUAGACGAAGUGUCUCCACCUGUGUGCCAGAUUGGACGACAAGUAGACGACACCAUUACCGAUCAAACAUUUUCUUAG